GGUUAUCGUGAUCCCAAUGAGGAGCCUGUCGCACCCCAACCGCUGUUGCCUCGCGAGGCCGACGUCGACGCCACAACCAUGACCGAAAUCCGGGUUCAAACCGCUGCUGAGGUUGAGCGCUACCGCCGUCUCGUUGAGGAGCGCGCCGCGCGCGAGGCGGCACAGGCUGGCGCGACGGGCGAGGCCAACACAUCCGUGGGGUCCACUGAGGCUGAGCCCAUGGACACCCAAAUUAGCGUUCAAGAUGGGGCUGACGAUGGAGCAAGGGGCGCUGCUAAACGCGACUACUCGACAGCGGAAACUCGGGAAGCAAUGGGCAUGAGCCCUGACUGCUGAGCCCACACACUGAGUUUUCCCACCGAGAUGUAUUUCAGGUUCUGAACGGGACAAUGACCUAGAGCCUCGCGAGCCCAUCCCCGCCAAUUGAGAAAAAAAUU